CUUUUUCUUUCUUUUUUUUUUUUUUACUUUAUCUUAUAUAUGCAAGUUUAUAAUAGGAAAUAGCAUGUUUUGUUUUCUGUAUAUUGUUUUUGUCUUGACAAAUGGAAAGGAUGGUAUCUGUAACUCUGUCGUUUUCUUUCUUAAUGAACUCGUUUUUAUUGUCGUUUUGUUUCGGAUGUUGACCGAAAGACGAUCGGUCAACAAAGGAUCAACGGUUGAGUUUUUGUGGGUUUUUGUUGAAACCUCAACGCGAAACAUCAACAAUGGUUUUGAGAAACGACAAAUUAAACAAGACGGUCGGUUUGAUUUUUUUCUGUAAAGUUGGUAUACUUGAGAAUUAUAUACAUAACUACGUAUUCCAAGAAUAAUAAUCGUCAAAUGAUCGUUUUGGUUUACACAGCCGGUUUCAAGUUAAGGCGGUGAACAUGUGAAAAUCGCUCAGUAAACACAGCCGGUUUCAAGUUAAGGCGGUGAACAUGUGAAAAUCGCUCAGUAAACACAGCCGGUUUCAAGUUAAGGCGGUCAACAUGUGAAAAUCGCUCAGUUUCAACCGCAUGUUUAAUUUUGUUUUAGCAUAAAAAAACGAAGGCGGCCGGCUUGAUGAGUGUUCAUUUUUGUCACGAAAUCAAGAAUGAGUAUGUCAUCAGAAAGUGACAAACACAAAUGUGUAGCAUCAAUGUCAUCUUUUGUUGUCUUUGUUCUUGUUUUAUACCUCCAAUAAUGUUCUUUAAAGCAAAUCAAUCAUCUUUCUAGUCCAAACAUGGCAGAAACAGCACUGUACGAGGUAGAUGACUGCAGAGGGGUGCUCAAAGUUUACAGUGAUGGCUCGAUAUGGCGAUCCACUGAACCAAGCUUUCGAGUCCCUGUACUCGAUGAUGGCUCGGUUCUAUGGAAAGAUGUCAUGUUUGACCAACCCAAUAACCUCUACCUACGGUUGUACAAACCGGCAUUAGCCGUGGGUAAAAAGCUGCCGGUUUUUUAUUACAUUCAUGGUGGCGGUUUUUGCAUUGGUUCAAGAACAUGGCCCAACUGUCAAAACUAUUGUUUUAAGCUCGCCCUGGCUCUCCAAGCCGUGAUCGUGGCUCCUGACUACCGGUUAGCUCCCGAGAACCGGCUCCCGUUGGCAGUGGAAGACGGGUUCACCUCCUUGAAGUGGCUCCAGGCCCAGGCUGUGGCCUCUGAGCCGGAUCCGUGGCUUGUUGACUCGGCUGACUUUAGUCGUGUUUUUGUCUCUGGUGACUCGGCUGGUGGGAACAUUGCUCAUAAUGUGGCGGUUCGAUUAAGUGCUGGAUCCAAGGGCUUGGAACCGGUUCGGGUUAGGGGUUAUGUUCUAUUGGCACCCUUCUUUGGUGGGACCCAGCUGACCGAGUCCGAGGCCCAUGGGCCCAAAGAUGCUUUCUUGAACUGGGAACUUAUUGAUAGGUUCUGGAGGUUAUCGAUCCCGGACGGGGAGACCAUGGACCACCCUCUAGUGAACCCGUUUGGACCGGUGAGCGUGGAUCUUGAACCGGUGGAGUUGGAUCCAAUCUUGGUGGUUUGUGGUGGUUCAGAUCUACUGAAAGACAGAGCCAAGGAGUAUGCAGAUAUAUUGAAAAAAUGGGGAAAAGAUGUGAAAUAUGUUGAAUUUGAAGGUCAGCAACAUGGGUUCUUCACCAUUAAUCCAGAUUCUGAACCAGCCAUUGAAUUAAUGCAAAUAAUCAAAGAUUUUAUCACCAAGUAUUCUAGUUAAUUUUUUUUUGGUGUGUUUUUAGUGUGUGGUAUGAAUGUAUUUGGGAAAAAUUAUGAGAAUAAAGUUAAAAUGGGUUUGAAUUUUGAUUCUAGAACAAGUGUUGAUGAGUUAGGUUGUGUAGCCAAGUGGAUUUUCACGUGUUGUUUUAUGAUGAUUUUACGUGUUGUACGAGUUAAUGUGUGGUCAAUUGUUGUACAUGUUCACAUGUAUGUUUCGUA